AUGUCUAUUUCUGAGGACUUCUCUAACAGGGGCUUUGAGCCCCAAGGCACAGUGCUGGCUCAGCGGCUGGAAGCCUGGAAGAACCUGCAGGACGCAUCCACUUGGGACGGUAUGCUGUCCAUGUACCCGGAGCCGCAGGACGUCACCAAAAAGCCCAGGACUGCCAUGACAGUGCCACCUGUUGUCGGAACUUCUCUCCCACCCCGCCCUCGGUGCUGCCCUCUGCAGGAAACUCCAUCAAACGGGAGUCAGCCAGAAGUGCGCCCCGCAGACGAAGAGGAGGGCUCAUACGGUCGGCUCGGCCAGAGUCCGCCGGCGUCCAAAGGCCGCAAGCGCAAGAAAGACCCUCAGGACGCCCGGUCGGAGCUGGGGAGGUCGCGCCGGAAGUUCGGCCCCAUGUGGAAGCGUCGGGGAGAAGGCGCGCCGAGGAAUCGUCAGCGGCCACGCUACUUCUGCAGCGAGCCAUGGGGUGUUGUCACAAUGGGCUACCCCAACCCUCCUGGCUUUGAGAUGGGUGGGUCCAUACCGCACUUCAUCGCGCUGCUGCACAACCUGUCUUCGUGCAUGGACAUCACGGCCACUGACGUCCAGAAGGUUUUCAAGAGGCUGGAGGCCUGUGCGCCGCACUACCACAGCAUGAAGUUGAGCCACGACUGCGCCUCAGGGGCUCGGCUGUGCCGCGGAGUCCCCGCCGAGUGCAUCGAGUACAAUGCUGUGUACACCAUCCUCCACUACCUGGCCGACGUCGACUUCCUCUCCGGUCAGGGUAGGCUGCUCUGGGAACCGCACCUUUCCUACACCAGUGUGUUUUUGCCGCUGGGGCAGAGCACCAUGGCCAUGGCGUACUUCAAGGAUCUGGAGGAGUACGGCCACCUGGAAGAUGAUGUGACUCAGGUGGUCGGCAUGGAGCUGGGCCUGAAGCACGCCCUGUUUGACGAGUACCUCCUGCAUGACACGGUGUACGUGGCCCUGGCGGGCGUGACAGUGCUGGCAGCCAUGUGGGCCUACACACAGUCUUUCCUGGUGACGGCCGUCACGUGCAUGGCCGUCGUCUUCUCCCUGGGCACGGCGUACUUCCUGUACACGACCGUUUUUCGCAUCUCCUUCUUCCCCUUCAUGAACGUCCUCACGCUCACCAUCGCCAUAGGCAUUGGAGCGUACAUCGCCUUCAUCUACUGCAAGACGUGGGGGGCAGCCAAGGCGGAGAAAAACAGCGGCACGCUGGUCAAGCUAGUCCGGGACACGCUGCACCACGCCUGUCUCUCCAUGCUGGUCACCAGUGUCACCACGGCCGCUGCCUUCUUCGCCAGCUGCGUCAGCAGCAUCACCGCUGUCCGCUGCUUCGGCCUGUUUGCCGGCACGGCUGUGCUGGCGAGCUUCUUUUUCACGGUGACGUGGUUGCCCGCGGCUCUCAUCGUUGCCGAGAAGUGGUGCUUCUCCACGUGCUGCCUGUGCGUGCCCCCCUUCGGCGUGUACCUGCCCCGGCUGAAGCGAUUCUGUGCCUGCGCCCCCAGUCCUGCGCCGCCUUGUGGCGCCUCCAUCACAGGCCUUUCAGAAGCGGCACGCGUCUUCUACGACAAGCUCCUUUCCUGCAUCGUGAUCAGGCUCCGGUGGUUCUGGCUUCUCUCGCUCGCCCUGGUGGCAGCCGGCGGAGCCGUGGCCAUCUUUGUCCACCCUCGUCUGCGCCUCCUGGAGUCGCCCGAGUUCUAA